AUGGGAUAUACUUUUGCGAUUCUCGCUCUUCUCUUCCCAGCCGUGAUUAUCCUUCAUCUCUUCAUUGCUCCAUACACCAAAGUCGAGGAGUCGUUCCACAUCCAGGCUGUACAUGAUAUCUUGGCCAACGGAUUACCAAAUGGCUUUAAGGAUCUGACUCUCAACCGCGCCGACUAUGACCAUUUUUCUUUCCCGGGGGCUGUUCCCCGGAGCGCCGUUGGUGCUGCGGCUCUCGCUAUGCUCUCGAAGCCCGUGAUCUUGUUGAAUGAGGGGAUCAACCGACAGAUAUUAGCUCGAGCUAUCCUGGGCUUAGUCAACGCAUUCUCUCUAGCAGUUUACGCAAGAGGUCUGCGCCGUAGCUUCGGCCAGCCAACAGCUAUCUGGUACAUCCUACUCCAAGCAAGCCAGUUCCACUUGAUAUUCUACGCCUCAAGGCCACUAUCAAACAUGUUUGCCUUCAGCAUCACAACACUAGCAAUGUGUCUACUCCUCCCAAAUCCUCGUUCAAGAGUACAAGACCAAAAGCAAUGCAGCCUUGCACUGGUCCUCCUCACAACCGCAGGCGUAGUCUUCCGCUCCGAACUAGCCCUCCUAGUCGGAACACAGACUCUCUUUCUACUAGCAACAAGACGAAUCAUCCUUACACGUACCAUCAUUGCAGGCCUAAUAGGCCUAACAACCGGCCUAACCCUAACAGUCUACCUCGACAGCACCUUCUGGCAAACCUUCCCCCUCUGGCCAGAAUUCGAAGCCUUCCGCUUCAACGUGCUAGCAGGCCAAUCCUCAGAAUGGGGCACAGAACCAUGGCCAUUCUACUUCCUAAACUCCCUCCCCCGUCUCCUCCUCAAUCCCCUCUCCUACCUCCUCGCCAUCCCAGUCGCCCUACGCCAACCAGCAACGCGACCCCACGCACUGGCCCUUCUAACCCCGGCGCUUUCUUUCGUCACACUCUACAGCUUCCAGCCACACAAGGAAUGGCGAUUUAUUGUUUACAUCGUCCCAUCUCUUACGGCAGUAGCAGCCCUCGGCGCCGCGUAUCUCUGGACGCAUCGCUCGCGCUCGCUCUUCGCCCGUCUAGCGACUCGCACUCUGGCUGUAUCCACAUUCGUCGUGUUCUGUCUGUCGAAUUUCGUGCUCCUUCCGGCCUCCGCGGCAAAUUAUCCCGGUGGUCAGGCCCUUGUCGCUAUGCAUGUUCAACACUCGAGCCUCCAUGAUACGGACUUGCAUUCUGGGAAGACAAACCCUCCCAUCAAUGUUUACUUAGGUAAUCUCGCCUGCCAAACGGGUGUAACACGCUUCUUGCAACAAUCCCCGUCGUCCGGGUGGGUAUAUGACAAAACAGAAGACAAGGACGUUAAAUCCACGAGUGCGUUCUGGGACCGGUUUGAUUAUGUCGUUGUUGAGGCUGAUUACGAGGCUGGGUUCAUGGAUGCUGAUGAGAUGAGUCUUCGGCGUGCGCUCCCUGCUUCAGACUGGGAGAGGAUGCUUGUUGUGGAUUCGUUUGCGGGGAUUUCGGUUUUGAGGCCUGGGGUUCCUGCUAGUGGAACUGUUGAAAGGCGUGUUAUUGGUGCUGUUGCGGGUGAUCGUGCUGUUGAUUUGUUUGAGAGUCUGCGUGAGUAUGCGAGGAAGACUGUGUUGAGUGGGUGGUGGGUUGAGGUUAAGAUGAGGCCGAGAGCUCAGGUGUUGAAACGGGUGAGCUAG